GGCCGCAGGAGCAGGAAGCGGCGGAGCGCGGCCGGCAGCGGCGGUGGCAGCGAUCGCGGUGUCCCUGGAGGGGCCGGCGGCGGCCCCAGGAAGCGUCCCGAGGGGGCAGCGGGACCGGGAGGGCUCCCGGCCGUUCCUGUGUCGGGAGCGCCGGGCGCCGCCCCCGCGGCGGCCUGACAUGAGCUCAUCGGCGGCGGCGGCAGCAUGGCCUGCGCCCGGAGGGACGGGGAGGCGGACGGCGAGCCCGACCGCUCCCUGCGGCACAUGCUGCGGGCGAUAGCGGAGGAGCGGAGCCGCGCCGGGCUCCGGCACGACAUCAGCGGCCUCGGGUGUUUCAAAGAUGACCGUAUUGUGUUCUGGACUUGGAUGUUUUCAACAUAUUUCAUGGAGAAGUGGGCCCCCCGGCAGGACGACAUGCUCUUCUACGUCCGUCGGAAACUGUCCUAUGGCAGCGGGGAGAGCACGGAGGGGAAGAAGCAGGUUGAAGUUGAAGUUUACCGGAGAGAUUCUAAGAAGCUUCCUGGCCUGGGAGACCCUGACAUUGACUGGGAAGAGAGUGUCUACUUGAACCUCAUCCUGCAGAAGCUCGAUUAUGUGGUGACCUGUGCUGUGUGCACACGGUCCGAUGGAGGAGAUAUUCAUAUUCACAAAAAGAAAUCUCAGCAAGUGUUUGCGUCUCCGAGCAAACACCCGAUGGACAGUAAAGGAGAGGAGUCAAAGAUCAGCUACCCCAAUAUAUUCUUCAUGAUUGACAGUUUUGAGGAGGUUUUCAGUGACAUGACUGUGGGAGAAGGAGAAAUGGUGUGUGUGGAGCUAGUGGCCAGUGAUAAAAGCAACACCUUUCAAGGGGUGAUUUUCCAGGGGUCCAUCCGCUAUGAAGCACUCAAGAAGGUCUAUGACAACAGGGUGAGUGUUGCAGCUAAGAUGGCUCAGAGAAUGUCCUUUGGCUUUUAUAAAUACAACAACAUGGAGUUUGUCCGAAUGAAAGGACCACAGGGAAAAGGACAUGCAGAGAUGGCAGUGAGCAGAGUUUCCACUGGUGACACUUCACCAUAUGGGACAGAAGAAGAUUCAAAUCCAGACUCCCCAGUGCAUGAGAGAGUUACUUCUUUCAGCACACCACCAACCCCAGAACGUAACAACCGCCCGUCCUUCUUCUCCCCAUCCCUCAAGAGAAAAGUGCCCCGAAAUCGAAUUGCUGAGAUGAAAAAGUCCCAUUCAGCAAACGACAGUGAGGAGUUCUUCAGAGAUGAUGAUGCUGGAGAUCUACACAACGCGACGAAUCUCCGGUCGCGGUCCCUGUCUGGAACAGGACGCUCCCUGGUGGGCUCGUGGCUGAAGCUGAACAGAACAGAUGAAAACUUUCUACUCUAUGCACACUUAACAUACAUCACUUUGCCAUUGCAUCGAAUUUUAACAGAUAUCCUGGAAGUGCGGCAGAAACCAAUCCUGAUGACAUAGCAGAGAGCGGGCACUGCCUUGGAGCCGUGUUGCCAAGUGCCUAUGCACAGCGGUUUUCCGUGCUAACACUACCAUCUAGUGUCAGGAACAUAGACCUCCGCAGGAAAAAGGGAAGUCCAGGAAUACCAGCCGAUCAAAAGUGCCUCUUUCUUCCUUCCUCUGCUGUCACACGCCGAAUGCCCACAUCACUGGAGUGUUUUGACUGGAAGAGGACUUUCAGCAAGAUGAAAUGAGAAGGGGCUGUGUUUAAACCAAGUCAACACUUUAUGGACAGUUUGCUACUGUGUUUACUUUCUAACUAAGAAGCCAACAAUGUGUACAGAAUGUGCUAAACUUUAUAUUCUUUGGGAGAAACAUUCUAAGAAUUUCAUAAUGAUGUGCUAUUGGACAUCACUCCAUAGACUCUGGCCAUACCCUCUCCUUGUCUGAUCGGCCGUGUGUGAGCACGUGUGUGUCUGUAUGUGUGUGUGUGUGUGUGUGUGUGUGUGUGUGAGAGAGAGCAGCUUCCUGCUAAGGGAAGAAAAGGAAAAAUACACAUUGCUGUUUAGGUAUGUGCAGCAAGUCAGGUCAGAGCUUAAAAGAGGCUGAAAAUGUUCCAUUUUUCAUGUGUCAGUGUUAGGACAGGUGAACUCUGCUAACAGAUUUCUGUAUCUACCAAAGAACAGCAACAUUUUCAUCCUCAAGAACUGGCUAAGAAAAUGAGCCAGUGAAAAGAAGGCUAAAAUGUGCUGCUAUAGUAAAGCUGAGGUUCAUCUCCAGUACUAAUGCUGCUUAUCUUUCUCUCAGCUGAGUCAAUACCAGUUUGAUUCUAAAGUGAAAAAACAGGAGAUUGUAAUCAGUCUCCAAAGGCCUAAAACCUUACCAGUAACCCAUCGUCCUGCAUGCACUGGACUUGAGAGCUUGUAGUCAUCCUUGUGUAGUCUUUGUAGCCAAGGAGGGCAUGGGAGCUGCUUUAUGGUCAGGCAGCUUGCAGCCAAACCAUCUUUGGUUGUUAUAUGCUGAAGCAUAUAGAGCUUUCUUGAAAUACAAACGAUGGAAAUGUAAUUCUGUUCUGAAAAGUGACUAAAAAUUGCAUAGUUGGAGGUCUGAAAAUGGUGUGUCAGGAGCUCUCAGGAAAAUAGCCUUAUGUUUACACAUGAAGUUCAGCUCUCUCUAAACAGCAAAACCAAUGUCCUUGACAUUUGAAAACAGAAUGAUUGAAUACUGAGGUUACUGUGCUCUGGCUGACUAUUUGAAGAGAGCCAGUACAUAGCUGGGUCUAUUUAGUGGAGGGAGUGGUGUGUCUCUUGGGGCACGUGAGACUUCAGUGCAUGCACAAAGGGAGAGCAAAGAUGCCAUUUUUGUCACUUUUCAGACUCUGAGCACCUAAACCUGAUGCUGUGGCAGUGCUCUGAGCCUGAGCCUGGUCUUUCCCAAGUGCUUUGUUGUUACUUUCACAGUAGCAUCUAAUGACUUAACCUCUCAAAUAGGACUUUCUGCUUUUUUUUUCCUUCAGGCUAGAUUCCAUGGAAAUAGCUCCACUUCAGCAUAAAGGCAGACCAAAUUUGCCCUUCAGGCCAGCCUGAUGACUCCAGCAUGGUAAGGAGGUCUGUCUGUAUUUGAGGCCAGGCCUGGAAGCUGUCAUCUUAGCACAGCAUGGCAGCCUUUCUUACACUGACAGCAUGAGUGUAUGACAGGGACAGCUGACCAGUUUUCACUUGGCUUCAAAUGUGUUGCAAGGCAUUCGAAAAAUGUUCCCUGUGUCAUUACCAGCACAGCCACUUUUCAUGCUGCAGCCUUGGAAUGUUGCCUGUGGUCUGUGUGGAUGUGAAGGUGUUUCCAUCAUCUAACCUGGUUGCACCAGGCUUUCUCCCUGAGCCUGGGGAGAGGUGGAGUCCUCACUCAGCAGCUGAAGUGCCCUCUCAAGGAAGUUGCCAGGCAGCCUGGGUGGGUACCUGAGAUCCCACAGGUAGUGUACCUGGCAUCAGUCAGUACAAAUAUUCUCUCUUUGCUGAGAAUUAAACCACUCCUCAGCUAGAAAACAAGCCUCUCAAUGUGCUCCUUACUCUGUGCUUUCAUACUGCUGGACUGGGCAAAUCAGUGCUUGGAUUUCCUUCAAAUGUUCAUUGCAGAGGGAAGGGAGAGAGGGUUCACAUUUGUACUAAUCAUGACAAUUGAUACCUUUCAGUCAGGCAGCCAGAGGAACAAUGUAAAAACGAAGUGUAUCCAGAUAGGACCCUCAGUGGUAGGUGCCUGGACACUUCUCAGUGGACAGGAAUUUGUAAUGCUCCCUUGGUGUUGUGUAUUAUGUUUAGGUGGCUUAACUGUGUGAUUUGAAAGACUGAGAAAAUCUUGCUGUGUAAGAUUUCAGAGCAAACGAGGAAUGAUUCUAAGCGAGUGCAUUAGUUUAAAAGCUGUGCUAUGGAAGGUACAGUUUAGAUCCUACAUCUGUGUUUCAGGAGGUAUCAUCUGCUUUGUUACAUGUAUGUGGUUGGAUUUUGAUGUCUAGUGUUUGAAGGGCUGUAAGGUCCUGAAAAAAGUAAAUUUAUUUCUUGUAUCUUGCUAGUGGGAUAUGCUAUAGGUACAUUGAAGACUCACCUUUUCUAGUAGAAAAGGACUACAAGUAUGCCCUCGUGGACAUCCAUGAAAAAUAGAGGUCAAAAAGUCUACUGAAUGUCAAUAGUGCUUUUUUGGAAGCAAAGAUGUGUCAUAUUCUGAGUUAUUCCUUCUUUAAACAACUGUCUUGGCCAGUGGUACCCAAUUUUUGUUAUCCAAUUCCACAUUUUGUUCUACUUUUAAUCAAAAGUUUUGUUUGGGUCAGGAUGGCACAGCCGGACCCUUAGCAGGCUAUUGCACUACAUCAAGAAAGAAAAGUGAAUGUUAGUAAGAACCUCUCACCUUAUUAAUUUGGACCGAGUUUAAUUCUGUAGCUCCUAAGCAGUAAAUUGGAUUCAGCCCCUGUUGGCCAUGGAAGUAAUUGCUGCAGAUGGAGCUGGCAUGUCCUGCAGUGCCAUGAAGGCUGUUUGGCUGCCAUUGUCUUAAUGGCUGGAGCACAGUGGGUUUCAUUAGUUACGCUGAUGUUUGAAGAUGCAGCUCAGUUAACAAAUUUGGGAAACUUUGCAGAACAGCUUUCUUUCUUUUUGGAAUUCUGCCAUACCUCAUUGCUCAGUUAAUUCUUUCCAUCCUUCUGCCUAUUCACUCCCUCUGGAGAUCAAGACUUAACACUCAAACUCUUCAUAGAUUUUGUAUAUUGAUAGAUGUCAAAUACAAGGAUGUGAAUCUUUUUACCCAUAACAAGUUUUUCACUGCUAUUGAUUUAACAAGUAUAAAAAGUUUUGUUGUGUUUUUUGUUUUUUGUUGUUGUUGCUAUUUUUAAAGAAAGCUCUUAAAUAAAUUAUUUUGUGCUAGCUGAUUAUUGCUUUGACUUAGAAACCACCAUGUAUAUGAAAUUAUGUUCUCUUAUUGCCAGGACAAGGCAAAUUCCAAAUCUCUUUUUAAAAGAAGAUGCUUUUAGAAACUCUUGGAGUCUUUCAGCUGUCUUGGCUAAUCCUUUUUGCGUUGGUUCCUGUUCCUUCUCUUUUAUUCUCCUGGUCUUCAUUGUUUACAAGGCUUGGGCAUGUUGGGUUCUGGAUUGCUGUUAAUAUUUUUAUAGUUUUCUAUUUCUGGGCAUGCUGUGCUUUCCAGAAAAGAGAAUUGUUUGCACAGGUGGCUUUUCACAGUAAUAUAUUUUUCCCGAAGUAUUAUUUAGACACUGAAGUCCUUGGCUCCGCAGACAGAUUUCGUCCAGCAGACCCUCAUGUACAGAAUUGCAUCUGGUCACUGAAGUUCUGUAUGGAUGUGGAAACCAGGGAAAUAGACUACACUCUUAGACUAUUGACCUACUUCUUGCCAAUCAUUAAUUUUUCCUCUUUGAGAUGAUUGCUGUAUUUCGUAGUCUGAAGCUUCCAUAUUAAAGACAGAUAUAAGAAAAAUCUUCAGAAGUGCCUAAGCCCUGUUGUUACCCAGUGGGGUUUAAGAACAAAUUUUUAUUUAGAAAAAUAAUUUAUUAGUCCUAAAUUCUAUCUGUGUUGUAUGUAGCAGUGUCAAGAAAUGACAAGUUUAUAGUUCUUGGAUGAACAGUGUCUCUCAUAUGAAUUCACCCUUUGUAUUUGAAAAACUCUCAUGGUUUCCAAAGGUCAUGGCUGAAAGCUCUGGAAAGUGGAUUUCCUGUGGUCACAGCAAUCAGAUGUCUGCAAAUGCCUUACACAUUCUGCAAGGUAUGACUGCAAGUGUGUGGUCCUGUAGAAACUCUGUGUCAAAAAUAGGUACAGUAGAAUCCAAUGAAAGGCAUUGUGAUGUAAGUAGCUUUUACACGAAACCUUAAACAAAAGACUAUUUUACACCAGAAUGUUGCUGUUUGGAUACUUAGUCAAGAAAAUACAAGUCUACAAGCAGGUUGCAAUGUUGAACGUUUUCUGUGUAAAUAUAUAAAUAUUCUCAGCCUAAUUUUAUCAGCCUAACACAUGUUGCAUGGUUUGGGUUUUAUUUGCCUCAUCGAACAUUGGUGUUGCUUAAAAGGUGAUGGGUUAAAAAUUGUGCUGGCACUGUACUGAUCCAUGUGAACAAAGAGCAAGGAGAACGUUGUGCACCAAAAAUAAAGUUGACUGUGCUUAUGGCAGCAGUGAAGAAAGUGUUGGACCCUGCAGCAAAUAAACAGACCUCUUUAAUGACCAUGAA